UUUUGUACCGACUUUUUUAGUAAAUUACUGCAGAUAUAUCUGCCAGACGUCGACAAUUGUUUAAAUUUGAAGUACAAUUACAUAAUAAAUAAUAAUGAGCAAUGUAAAUAAAAUGCCAAAAACAACUAUUAAUUUGCAUGAUGUUUGUAAGAAAAAUUCAAAGAUUCCAAUUACUAAUCAUGGAUACAAAUCAAACAAGAUAGACAAUGAACUAAAAUCUCUUGAACUAUUGACUCUACAAUCAGCAACAGAUCCUAAUGAUUUAUUAACAUGCUCUAAUAUUUCAGUUCCAUCAACUACUACAAAAUUGACAGAAAAAUCAUCUCUAGAUAAAUCAAAUCCAGCUGAAUCAUCUUCAUUGAUAUUGGAUACAUUCAGUCAAUCAUCAGGUAUAGCAUCAAAAUUAAUACGCAGAAAAAUACCAAGAGCAGGUCACUUAAUGACUCCACGGCACUUAUGGAUCCAAUCAAUUCCACCCAAAGCUUGUGAUGUGGUUUUAACAUUCACCAAAACUACAGACUAUAAGACUAUUGAAUGGGUAAAAUCACUAAUAGUAGAUGAAUCUAAUGGUUUCAGUUUAUCUGUAAAUGUCCAAUAUCAUUCAUCAACCGAUUCUUACUGUUUUUACUUAACAGCUUCCUUUCAUGUUUUAAUGAAAGCUGCUCAAGAUGUACAUUUACCAAAAAAAGUUGUUGGCGGUGGUGGCCUAAGAGAAUUUAUACUCUCUGAAAUGAAUAUAUUUGAAGGAAUUGAGGAUCGUUCAAAUUUUUUCACUAUGCAAGAAAGACAAACAUUGAUUUUAUAUAUUUUAAACACACUUAGAGUACAAAAUUGUGAUUGGAUCACUGAACUAGUCGAAAGCCAACCAUUAAUUUCAGAAUGUAUGUCAAAUGGAAUAAUUGAGCAUUUAUUCCCAGUUCAUGAAAAUAAAACAUUAAAAUGGUUGCGUAUUAUCUGGGUAAAGUCUUUUUUCAGCUUGCAACCUUUGGAUAAGGUUUGUGAUUAUUUUGGUGUCAAAAUUGCCAUGUACUUUGCAUGGAUUGGGCACUAUACUGGUUCAUUAAUAUACCCAGCUAUUGCCUAUUCCACAUUUUGGUUUGGAUUUGGAAGGCAACUGGAUCAAUGGACAGAAGGAGUAUGGUUUGUUGUGUUGGCCUUUAUGAAUGUUCUCUGGCUAACGGUAUAUUUAGAAACAUGGAAACGCUACUGUGCUGAGUUAGCUUAUCGAUGGGCUACACUAGAUCAAAGACAUCAGUUUUUGUUACAGCCUCGCUUAGAAUUUAAAGGUCAUCCACGAAUUAGUCCAAUAACUGGUAAGGCAGAACUAUGGUAUCCAAAUUGGAAACGAAGGCUGUUCAGUUAUUUUGUCAGUGCACCUAUCAUUGGUCUAUGUUUGGCAGUAGUCUUUGCUUUAACAAUAUUACAAAUCAAAUUUCAAGACUGGUGGGACUUGUAUAUUGAAACAAAUGAAUAUCCAACAUAUUUAAGUUAUAUUUCUAAAAUUAUGUUAGCACUUAUUAUUGCUGUGCUUGAUGAUAUUUACAACAUUAUUGCUGUUUGGCUCAAUGAUUGUGAAAAUUAUAGGCUGGACACUGAAUACGAAAACCAGCUGAUCAUCAAAGUUACACUGUUUCAAUUUGUCAAUUCGUUCCUGUCUCUCUUUUACAUCGCUUUUUAUUUGCAAGACCAGGAAAGACUUAGAACGCAAUUGGCCGUGCUUUUGAUCACCAGACAGUUGAUUCGCAACAUCAAAGAAUCGGCGCUUCCUUAUGUGUUGGAGCAAAUCCGUUUUGCGAAAAUUAGCUUUGAUUUAUUCGGUGCGUUGACGCCAUCCGACGGCCCGGCUAAACCAAACGGCGAGCGCGUCGUGUCACAACCGGAACUUGAAUGUUCAAUGUUUAAAUUUGACGGUACAUUCUCCGAACACUUGGAGAUUUUCAUACAGUUUGGUUAUGUGGUAAUGUUCUCGUCAGCGUUCCCGCUGGCCGCCUUGUGCGCGUUCCUCAAUAAUCUGAUUGAAAUACGCAGUGACGCAUUCAAAAUGUGCUACGUGUACCAAAGACCGUUUGGUCAACGGAUCAAGGACAUCGGAAUGUGGCAGAACAUCAUGGAAGUUAUGGGAUUCAUCGCGGUGCUUGUAAACUGUGCUUUGAUUGGUCUUAGCGGUCAAGUUCACCGAUUGCUGCCUGAUAUGACUGCCAUCCAAACUGUUUUAUUAAUCGUUGCCCUUGAGCAUAUAAUGUUAGCGUUCCGAUGUGCAUUAAGCUGUCUGAUUCCGGACGUACCGCAAUGGAUUGCCACCGAAAUGGCCAAGACUGAGUACAUCAGACGCGAAGCGGCGUCUUCAAAGUCUCAGUGAAAAGGAGGGCCCACAAUCGACCGUCAGCGAUGAUGAUGGAUUUAAUGGAUCUCACUGGAUUUUUGUUUUUGUCUACUUUUUGUUUCAAACUGAUGUCAAAUAGUUUUUAGUCCUCGUAACUCGCAAUGGUAGUUGAUGUUGAUGUAUUAUGUAGCCGAUGUAGGUAUCAUUAUUCGUUGUGCAUAUUUUCUAUGGGCAUUGAGUCAUUGAAGGUAGGUAGGUAUGCAAAGCCGUAACUGGAAAUUAAUUUCGGGGGGGGGGAUGGGGGUUAGCAAAAAAAAUUGUGUUUUGAUUAAAACAGAGAUUGAAAUAGUUAUUUUACAACCACAUAAUAUAACACGAAAAAUUUCGGGGGGAGGAAGUUGAACCCCCAAAACCCCCCUCCCAGGUUCGGCCUUGUAGGUUUGUCACAUGACUACAUAAGAAUAAGAUAAGAUAGGCACACGUGUUUUAAAAAUGCUAGAACAGCGUUCGCCGUUCGUUGUAAUAAUAUAUUAAUAUAUCAGCCAUUAUUUAAAUAACUUUAUAUACCUACCUAAAAACAUUUAUUACCUUGUCGUUUUUCAUUCGCCAUAUUGUUUUCAUGAUUUUAAUAUAUUAUCACUAGGCAGUUGUUUCCAAUGUUUCCAUACAUUUGAAUAUUUCCAUUAUUUUAUAUCAUAUAUACCUUAUAAGUUAAAACUUAAAAGAGUAUAAUAGUAGUAGUAUAACUACCUAUGAUUUAUAAUAUAUAUCUACUUGCAAUGAGUUUUGAGUAACGUGAAAUUGAUGUAUGUCUAUCUAGUAUCUACAUUCUAUACCGUAUACGUCAAUUGACAAUUAUUAUUAUUACGAAUAGUCUUUAUUGUACCUACUGUUAUGGUCUCACCGGGUUGAUCCGCCGAAACCAGGUAUCGUUGAGUUCGUCAAUUCGGAAGUCUUUCGAAAAGGAAGAUGAGAUGUGAUAAUACACUGAUAUGUUUAGUUAUAUAAGUAAAAUUAUUUAUUGAAGACAAAAAUUACUACACACUAUCUAUAACUGACGCAGACAUACAUCGACUGACUCGCCCGUACCGGACGGUAUUACAUUGUACGUACGUCUAAUGUCGAGUCAGUGUUCUUUCCCCACAUUACAAAUUGUUCAUAUGGUAAUAACUAAUAAUAUUAUAAUGUUAAGUUAUAUAAUAAUAAUAAUAAUAAGCGGGCUCAUAACACUACCUAUAAUUAAUAGCAAAUUACCUAAUUUGCAAUAAACCUAACGCGCGUUUUACAGGCUACCUAUAUAUUCAGUACUUAUGAGUUAUGGCCAUUUGAAAAAAUAUUGUAAACCGGCGGUCCAUAGUUAUAUCACUUGUAUCGUUGUAGUCUACCUACUCGAUGUGACUCGCUUGUGAUGUAUAAUUUUUUAACUGUUUAAAAUACAAUUUUUUUUUCAAAAGUUAAUACAUAUAAUACUAGUAGGUACCUAUUUAAAUGUAUGUACGUUUUGUCAUCGUUGGUUUUCAGGUAUUGAAUGUAAGAAUAAAGUUGUUAUACUUUUUAUGCUAAGCAUUAGGUACCUACUAACCAACAAAGCGUUUUUACUGAUUUAAAAAUAAAAAGAUUGAUAAUUUUUCAUUUUUCUAUAAUAUAUUAGGUAAGUAUUCUCUUUUUAUAUUAUUAUAAAUCAAUAAAUUGCUGUGACUUUCUACUCUUCACCACGCCACAACUUUGUUCGUAAAUAAAAUAAUUCAUGCCUGAAGUUUCUUAUUUAUAUUUGUUCCAUGUUCGUAUUUAUAAAACAUAUUUUAU